AUGAAUUUUACGAUGCGUUUGUUCCUUUCCAGUUUCACGAUACUCUUACUUCACAUCACUUACAUUGAAGCUAGGGGGACACAACAUGUAACAUGUGGCUCUGUAUUAAAAUUAAUGAAUGUAGAUUACAAUGUUAGGUUGCAUUCCCACGAAGUAAAGUAUGGUAGUGGCAGUGGACAGCAGUCAGUAACAGGUACUAAUGCCAAAGAAGAUGGUAAUUCCUACUGGCUCGUUAAAGCAGAAUCAGGAAAGCAAUGUAUACGGGGGAAGCCAAUUAAAUGUGGAGACAUUAUCAGAUUAGAACAUAUCGCAACGAAGAAGAAUCUUCAUUCGCAUCUUGUUAGUUCACCAUUGACUGGAAAACAGGAGGUCUCCGCUUAUGGUGAUCAUAAAGGAGAAGGUGAUACUGGAGACAAUUGGAUGUUAAUAUGUCAGAAUGAUUUCUGGGAGAGGGAUGAUACAAUCAUGUUAAAACACAUUGAUACUGACAAAUAUUUGGCUGUCACUGGCAGAACAUAUGGUACUCCAAUUAGUGGACAAACUGAAGUAGUAGGCGAAUAUUCUGCAAGCAGUCCUCACACCCAAUGGUCAGUGAUGGAGGGAUUGUUUAUUCAUCCUAAUGAUUUCAAAGCACAGCAUUAUCAACACACGGAAUUAUAAGGACAAUUUUUAGCGGCCGAUUAUUUAUUGGAACUGUGCUUUUAAAAAUUUUCACAUAAUAUUGCAUUUUGUUUGAAAAAAAUUUACAAAAUCAGUUGCUCAAAGUUCGAAUAAAUCUAUUGUACUUGGAUUCAAUAAUAAUCUAUUACAUUUUGCACAAUCGUUACAUUAAAAAUUUGAUUUAAUAUUUUGUGAUGAAUUCUAUGUGAAAAUUCAUUAUGUGUAUUUAAUGAACAAUGAAAAUAAAUAAAUUUGCUUACCAAA